UCUCUCUCUCUCUCUCUCUCUCUUCUCCUCAUCCUCAUCUUCCUCCCUCAUACCACCUCCUCCUAUUUUUAUUGUUGUUGAAACUAUUCAACAUAUAAGAUAUCAAUCGGAUUGUCUUUUAAAAAGAUUGCCUGAUGAGUCUAAUGAUAACAAUAUAAUUUGAAUCAUGAUUACGUUGAUAAUGAUUAUGAUGAUGAUCAGCAUCACUUACCAAUUAUCAAAACCAUUUACUACUUAUAUAUAUCUUUCAGAUUCCCCUGAUGAAAUUGAGUGUCCAUCAUUAAAAUCAACAACAAUAACAACAAGUAGAUAAUCCAAAUCUGUUCAUCCUCAUCCUCUCAUCCCAUCUGUCUAUAAAUUUAUCAUUUUUUACUCUUGAUAAUCAACAUUUAAUGAUGAUUAUCUUAAAUAAUGUUUAUCCGCAUCCUUUUUGGCAUUUUUUUUUUCUAUCCUUCACAUUUACAUGCUGAUCGUUUCUCAAUACCUUUUGUGAUCCACAUUCUUACCUGUUAAUCACCAAUGACAUCAAUUUAGCUAAUCACUUUUCCUCUUCUUUUUUGUCCUAAAUAAACUCCCAAAACUAAAUAACUCACAAUCAAUUGUCUCAACAACACAGGUAACAAUGCGAAAUGAAUCAAUCAUCACUAUACACAUAUUAUCAUUCAAAUUGGUACGAUAAUCAUCGUAAUUGCGGUAACAAUUAGUGCUCAACUUAACAAGCAGAAAGGGAAAAAAAGAUGAGCUGAAAGAAAAGGAUUAACAAUCAUAAUAAAGCACAAAGACUAAGCUCUUCCUGGAUGAUGACAAAGGAUGAUAAUGGUUAACCACAACAACAUGUCCUCCCACUAAUAACACUGAUAAAUAACAAUUGUAAUUGAUGGAUUUGUCAGAAGUCAUUUUCUUACCUUGAAGAGAAAGUGAUUAAAGGAUUUCAUCUAUUUUUUUAUUCUUAAUUGUUAGAGAGCAAGCAAACUAUCAGUUAAUCCUUUUCCAAAGAUAAUAAUUGGAUAAAGUGGACGAGAUUAAUGAAAAGAAAGCCCUUCAGGGUCAAUGGAUAACAAUUAACAAUAGAAUUGAUAAAGAAAAUCAAUCUACCUGUUUGAAGAGUAAACAAUUGACAGUUAAACCAUUUUGGGGACAAUUUAAACUAAUAAACAAUCAGUAAGAUAAUUUACUCUUAAAUAACUAAACCAGGUAAGAAAAUUAAGCAAAUACAAACAAUUAACCAGUUAAUUAAAGGUAAUUAUUGAAAAUGAACUCAAAUAAACAUUAACUGUUCUCGUUACAAGUUGAUCGGUUUAUUAACUUGAUUACCUUGAUUAUUAUCAAUUUUAAAUUGUAAUUAUUUUUAUCUUGUACUAGAUUUUCCUGAUUAUCAUCAUUAUUAUUACAUUUUGUUGACAAACUAAUAACAAUUUACUUGAUUAGAUUGAGAUACAAUCAGUAAUAAGAUGAAGAUGAAACCAAAACAUUGACAAGUAACAUGAAACUGUUUCCAUUUCUAAUAAGCAUCAGAGACAAAAUCGAUUCCAAUAAUGAUGUUACCUGAUCAUUUACUCAUAUUCAUAGUUAGUUAAUUUAACUAUAAUUUAUCUUAAUUGAUGAUGAAAAUUCUGAGAAUGAGAAAAUUUCUUCCAUUACAAUUAACUAAUCGAUUUUGGUCUCAAGAAACUUUACCAAAUUGGUUCUAAAACGCAUUCGAUUGCUAAUUAAGGGACAAUAUGAACAUUUACCUAAUUAUUUACUUAUAACAAUUAACAAACUGAAUCUAUUUUCGGUCAUCAGAAUCAGUUAGUUAUGAAUAGAAGUUUAAAAUUUCUGGUAACCCUUUCAAUUUGUAUUUGCUGUUAAUAGAUUGUUAUUAUUAAUAUUAUUUUGGUUGAAACUAAUUAUUUCAGUUGAGAUGAUUUUAACAAUCAGUAAAUAGUCACAAUCAAAUGAUAAUAGUAACCAAUUCACUUGAGUAAAUUGUUAGAUAUGAAACUUAUAUUUACAGAAUGAAUUGAAAACUUUUUUUUCUUAUGAAUGAGAUUUUUUUUUAUACUUUCUCUCAAUAUAAUAACACUAACAUUUGAUUAUUCAUGUUCAUCCAAAGGUAAAUUAUUAUUACAAUUAUGAUAAUUUAUCAUAAUCAAGUUUAUCUAGAUGAUAAAAGAUGAUGAAUGAAUUACAAUUUCAAUUGAUGACGAUGAGAAAAUAUUUGAAACUUGAAUGAGUUUCAAAUUCAUGGUGGAAAUUUGCCAAUUUUUGUAAUAAUUUCAUCAACUAAUCGUUCAUCUUAAUUGUUAUUGAUUCUCAUCAAUUCGCUUGAUUAUCAUUUGUUUGCCUCUUUUUAAUCACUAUUGGAUAUAUUCACUGAUUGUUAGAUAUUCUUAAUGUUAUUUGAUGACAAACAAUUUAACCAGAAUCAAUGGUUAAUGUAAAAUCAUAUUCAUGUAAAAGCUAAUGGAGGUUAUCAUUUAGAUCUAGUUUUUUGUAUCAAAAGAAUCAAAAUAAAUGAAAAAUUUUAUCCUCAUCACUUAUCCUCAUCUUUAAUCAUCUUCAUCAUCAUCAUCAUCGAGAAUCAUAAUAAUCAAAUGGAAUUUUUUUUUCUAAUGGAAUCAAUUUAUUUAUAUCUCUUUACAAUUUCUAAUAUUGAAUUAACUUUCUCAGCAUUUUGAUUAUCAUUGCGGAAAUAUAAUCUUUCCGGUUAACACUAUUACCAAAACGACAAUUAACUGAAUUACACUUUGAAUUGUUAUUCCAACAAUUAGUUAAUUGAAUUGAGAUUUUGCUUGUUCAUUUUUUUUUACUUUGUUUUCAAACCUGAAGAUAAUUAAUUUUAAGUGUCAACUGUGUUGUUAAUGAAUUAUUAAUAUUAAUACAAUUAAUGAAUAGGAUGAUUACAUUUGUCAAUUUAUUAAUUCAUUGAAUUGAUUAAAGUAAUUAGGGUAAAGUUUAAUUGCUGCCAGUCAAUUAGAUAUGAAUGUGAAAUCAAUUAUCAUUAACUGGAAAUACUUAAUUUCUCAUCAAUUGAAUCUAAUUAUUAUGAUUAACCAUCAGCCUAAUUUAAUGAUUAUAAUUAUGAAGAGAAGUUUAAAUUGUUCAUUAAUUUGUCAUCUCCUUUCAACUUAUUGUUACAAUUAUACUUUUUAAUGAUCUUUUCAUGAUUAUGGUGAUUAAAUUGAUGAUGAUUUAUAUCAUCAUCUUCAAUGGAUGAUAAUAGUCACAGAGAGAGAGAGAGAGAGAAAAACUUUUUCUUUUCUUUUUUUUGAUUAACGUUUCGAUCUCUUUGCAAUUAGUAUAUCGGUCCCUCGGUCCGUUUGUUUUUCUUUGUUUGGGUUUUGAUUGUUGUGAAUUAAUUGUUAAUCUUAUUUAAUGAUUACUUUCUGAUUAAUGUACAUUUAAUUUUCUAUCAUUUCUAUUGUAAACUAACGGUUGUAAGUGGAUAUUAAUUUUAGUGCUUAUGUUGUGUGUUUAUGGUUAAUCCAAUUAUUGAAUCACUUUUCGGGUUUUGUUGUUCAGGCCUAAGGUUUUAAGGGAAGUAUUUUUUACAUUUGUUUUCCUUUUGUGUUUAUGGAUUUGACUUUGAUUUUUUUUUUCUUAUUCAUCUUCUUCAUCAUCUUUGGUCUUCAUCUUCCUCUAUUGUGGCCAUUGUUGUUGAUAUGAUGGUUUGUAUGAUUUUCCGAUGACUUUCAGUGAUUAUAUAUUCUGUUUACAAAGUCAAUUUGCCAGUCUAUUAGGAUAUAUUAAUAUACUGGCUACUUGGUUACACAUAAUCACAAGGCUUUUGUAUCAUUUGUAUCAUGUAAAGUUGACCUUAAACCAAAAGAGAAGAGAAAAAUUUUGGUAAAAAUAUUCUUUUCUCUUUUUAUUUUCUUUCAUUAUCCUUGACCAAUAUGAUAGAAUAAGAUGAAAAUGUUGAUUGUUUAGGUUAAUUUACAAGUUGAUUUAACUCGUUCUAUUUUCUUUGACCAAUUGAACGAAAAUUUGAAAUUCAAUUUCACCUUGUUUCCUUUUCUACUCCGUUCCAACCAAUUAACAAAAUGAUAACAAUAAUAACGAUAAUAUUUAUAUGAUGUUGAAGAAAAUGUAAAAUAAUAAGUUCCAGGGAAGAGAAACUGAAAGUUUUAUUUUCUAUUGAGGUAAAAAGCUAAAGAGGAAGACUCGAAGAUAAAAAGUGUGAGUAGUAAGAGAGAAAGAGAGAGAGAGAGAUGAAGAUACGGAAGAGAAAAGAGAAAAUGAAAUAAACAUUAUGUUCCUAUAGAAAUAGGAGGUUCUUGUUGUAAGAGUAAAAGGAUGAGGAGAGAUGAUGUCGGAUGAAAAUCAUCUGAGGCGGAGUCAUGAUGAUAAGUGAUGAGCCAAUAGAAGAAGGAAACAUUUUAGAUUAUUUAACAUCUUAGUUUUUUCAUUCUCUUUUCCUCAGUCAUCAUCCUUAUCCUCCUUAUCUUCAUCCUCUACUCAAGCAAGAGAAAAACUUACGAACACCUUAUUAGUAAAAUAACUCACUCUCUUUAUGGAGUAACAACUUCCAAUGAUCAUCAUAACACGAACAACAAUUUAGCUACAAUCAACUUGCAUUCUCCUUAAAUUUAUCUUCAUCCUGAUCAAUCGGAGUCCUUUUAAUAACUUGAAUAAUUGUCGCUCAUUAAUUUUGAGAAUAACGUACAAGUGAUUAAUUAAUUUACUUUUUCUUUUCUUUUCUUUUUUUUUUAUCCAACUUUCUCUUCAUCAAUGAUGGAAAAUCAAACGGAUGAUGAUUUGUGUUCCAAUGGAAGUGACCAUUCAUUAAUUGAUCAAAGCGAAUUAAUCACUAACAAAACAAUCGCCAAUAACAAUAAUAGUGUUUCUACAACUGGUCCUAACAAUUUAAUCAAUUCCAAUUCGAGCAUUUCAAUUUCUAAAUCAUCUCCUAAAUCACCGCCGAAAUUAUCGUUCAGCAUAAGUCGACUUUUAUCUAAAUCAACGAACCCACCGAGCUCCAGUUUAUCUUUAUCAUCGACAAUUAAUUCACAAAAUUCACUAUCAACGGUUGAUUGUGUUAAAACUUUUGGCAAAUGUUUAACAUCGAUAAUUGUUACACCAACAAUUACAAAUCAUCAUCAUCAACAAUCAAGUAAAAAUGUUGUAUCACCAACAUCACCAAUUCCAGUUACAAUUAUCUCAACAUCUUCACCUUCAUCCUCUUCACCUUUAUCCUUAUCCUUAUCAUCAACAGGAUCAUCAACAAUUACAACGAUUACUUCAACCUCAUCUUCAUCUUCAUCCUCCUCAUCAUCGACAACACUUAACCAUGUAAAUAAUAAUAAUAAUAAUAAUAAUUUGAUCUCUUCUUCAACCACAUCUUCAUCAUCUUCUUCAAUCUCUGCCAAGGAUAAUAGUUUAAUCAUUGAUGAAUUAACUCGUAAUGGUAAAUUAAAAGGUAAUUUAAGUCCAAUCUCAUUUGGAUCUAAAUUGUCAACCACCUUAAUCACAGGGUUAUACAAUCAUCAUGUUAACAAUCAUCACCUUAAUCAUCAUAAUAACAACAAUCGAUCAACAUCAACAACACCUCCUCCUCUAUCAUCUUCAUCAUCAUCACUUUCAUCAUCAACAACAAUUAACUCAUUAAAAGGUUGUCCUGAUAAAGAUGCUAAUAAUUUUAAUGAUAAAUCUGUUAAUAGUAAUCAAAAUACUAAUGAUAAUUUAAUGACCACCACUUUUUAUCAUCAUUAUAUUACUGAUGCUUUUAGUGAUUCAAUGUUGCGACUUCAUGGUGUUCAUCCUCAUCAUCCUUCACAUCAUCACCUUUAUCAUCCUCAUCAUCAUCCGUUAACCAAUGGAAACUCAUCUAAUCAUUCAAUUUCAUCUCAUCCAUCGAGACCUUAUCAAUCAGACACUCCGGUUGAUAUUGACAUGGACGAAGGUGUUACCUCAGAUUCUGAUUGCGAAUCAGAUAUAACUGAACAAACAGGAUUAGGAGAUAAAGAUAGUAAAGGUAUUGGUGGUGAUGAAGAUGGUUCAUCCCCUGGUUCUGUGGGUCAUGGAGGAGGAGGAGGAAGUUCCAACGGAGGUGGACUCAACGGAAGUGGUCCAAAUAGACGGAAAAAGAAAACACGAACAGUUUUCACUCGAAGUCAAGUUUUCCAAUUAGAAUCAACGUUUGACAUAAAACGUUACCUGUCUAGUUCAGAGAGAGCGGGUUUGGCCGCGUCCCUUCAUUUAACUGAGACUCAGGUGAAAAUAUGGUUUCAAAAUCGUCGAAACAAAUGGAAGCGACAAAUCGCCGCUGAAAUGGAAGCACAUAACAUGGCUCAAGCCGCCGCUCAACGGAUCAGAGCAGUUCCUAUCCUUUAUCACCCUUGCCCACCAACAGUCAACACCAACCACCUUCAUCAUCCCCAUGUUUCCGGAAUGGAAACCUCACUGACCGUUGGCUCACCGCCGGGUACAAAUGGAGGACCGGCUCCCACCCUACAUCCAACUCUCCAUCAUCCACUUUCAUACUCAAUCAAACAACUACUAACAAGGCCCAACAAAACAUGUUAACACUUCCAAGUCCUUGUUAAUUAUUAUUAAUUAUUACAACUUAUCAUCAUUAACUAUUAUCUUUCAUCAUCAUUUAUGAUUAUUAACAAUUUAAUCAUUUCUUUUAAUUAUUAUUAUUGUAUAAUCUUUAUUAGUUAUUAACUAAUUGUCAACAAAUGUAAUUAUUAUUAUUAUUUAACAAAAAGAAAACAAAAUCAAUGCCAAUCUUAAGCUUUCCAAUUGUGUAACAUUGGAAACAAAAACAACAAUCAAAACAAUCAAAGGAAUUAUCAAUCAAUUAAAAUCACUUUCCUUUUAAUUGUUGCAAUCGAAAGAAAAAUAAAAUUUCAACAGAAAAUCAAAAGAC